GCACAGAAGAACUCUCUCUCUCUCUCUCUCUCUCUCUCUCUCUCAAGGCCGGAACAAUCUAGGGUUUCCACACUUCCUCUCUCCCACGCACCUUCUCCAACUGCCUUACUCUGUUAUCUUCUCUCUCGUUCUCCCUCUCUUAGUCUGUGAUCGAGGAACGCCAACUUAUGCAAUAGAAUUUAAUAAUUUAGCACCAGUUUCUUUGCCGCCAAUGUUUAGGAUUACUGGCGUACGGGAAAACUAGGUUGUGGUUGUGGCAGUGUACGCUCAUCUGUCAUGUUAUGGCUUUAGGUUGUUCUUCAUGGACAGAUAAGUGAAAAUGAAUUAGAGAAAUCAUUUUAUAUGGUGAAAGAUGUUGUUCUUAUGAAAGUGGUUACUUGCUAACUCCAACCCAAGUUGAUAAAACAAAAAGGCUUGUUCCCAGCAUGGAAGCUGAAAAUUCAAAUGUCUUGCGAGCUGAAGAGAUCAAGGUCCAAGCCAACGAUGCAUUUAAAGCACGCAAAUAUGCGUUGGCUAUUGAUCUUUAUACACGAGCAAUUGAACUAAAUAAUGAUAAUGCUGUGUAUUGGGCCAACCGUGCUUUUGCUCAUACAAAAUUGGAGGAGUAUGGUAGUGCCAUACAAGAUGCUUCAAAGGCUAUUGAAAUUGAUCCCAAAUAUUCAAAGGGCUAUUAUAGGCGUGGUGCUGCUUAUCUUGCCAUGGGAAAAUUUAAAGAAGCACUUAAGGAUUUCCAACAGGUUAAGAAAAUCUGUCCUAAUGAUCCUGAUGCUUCCAAAAAGUUAAAGGAAUGCGAGAAAGCAGUAAUGAAGCUAAAAUUUGAAGAAGCAAUUUCUAUACCCGAGAGCCAAAGGAUUUCAGUAGCUGAUUCAAUUGAUUUUCGUUCUAUAGGGACCAACCCCAGUACAUCAUCAGUGUCCACCCAAGUGGCUGUAGCGGCAGUGGCUGUAGCAGUUGUGGCAGCAAUAGUGAUGGUGGUAGGCCCAGCACCAGCCACAGUGGUGGCAGCUAUUGUGGUGAUGCUGGUGGUUUUAGGGGCUUGUUGGUGGGAUACCUUCAGUGAGGUUGAGCCCCAAUAUUCUGGUGCAAGAAUAGAGGGAGAUGUUGUUACUUUGGAUUUUGUGAAGAAAAUGAUGGAUGACUUCAAGAAUCAGAAAUGCUUACAUAGACGGUAGUGUUUAGCAAGUUUAGUAAUAAUUUAGUC